AUGACAGUCCAAACAUCUUCUGGCCUUGUGUACGGAAGUAAAGACCCAGAGUUUCCCAAUGUUCGUCAGUUCUUUGGCAUACCCUUUGCACAACCUCCCACAGGGGAACUCCGCUUUGAACCUCCUCAACCUUUGUCGGUAUCUGCUUCGAAGAAGACAAUCAACAAUACCGAGUUACCGCCAAGUUGCAUGCAAUAUCUCAAUACUGUAAGCCCUGGUGUCUACGUUGAUCAGAUCCUUGAGUUUGGUCUCCAAGGCAAGAACGGCACAGGAGCCAUCAGUGAAGACUGCUUGACUUUGAGCGUGUGGGCUCCAACUAGCAACAGCAGCCAGUCUUGCCAGAGUAAUGAGCUGCUUCCAGUCCUCAUCUGGAUCUACGGAGGUGGAUUUGUCACUGGAGGUCAAGACGUUCCCUAUCAAAUUCCCAGUCAAUGGAUUCAGCGAACACAAGAUCAUAUUGUGGUUGCCAUCAACUACCGUCUCAACAUCUUCGGCUUCCCGAAUGCGGCAGGAUUGACCGACCAAAACGUUGGUCUGCUUGACCAGAGAGCAGCAGUCGAGUGGGUGCGUGACAACAUUGUCAGGUUUGGGGGUGACCCCUCACGCAUGCUUCUCUGGGGUCAGUCAGCUGGUUCAGCCAGUGUUGACUACUACAACUAUGCCUACCCUAAGGAUCCUAUCGUGUCUGGCUUUAGCAUGGACUCUGGUACAGCCUUCAUUGGCAUCACUUCCAAUGAUCCUCAACACACUAACUUUACGUUUGUCGCUUCUCAGCUCGGUUGUGCCAACUCCUCUUCUCCCGCUGACGAGCUCGCCUGUGUACGCAAGCUCCCAGCCUCAACAAUUGAAGAUUUCGUCAAGAAUUACGAGGAGAACGGCACCACACCUUCCAUUAGUUUCCUUCCAACGCCCGAUGAGAAGAUAGUCUUUAGCAACUACACCGCCCGAGCACUAGCAGGACUGCAAGCAAACUUGCCAGCUAUCAUCGGCACAAAUGCACAAGACGGUGUACCAUUCGCUCCUUACAAUCCUUCCGGCCCCAACGCUACACUUGCGCAGUAUGCACUUUUGACGACCUUCUUCUGCCCUGCCACAGAGUCUAUCCGUUUGCGCCAACAGACCAACCGCCCAACUUACCGUUACGUAUACAGCGGUAACUUCUCGAAUAUUUCGCCCUCAGGUUGGCUAGGUGCUUACCAUUCUUCCGAGCUGCCUUUGUUGUUCGGCACAUUUGACAACUUCAGAAGCCAAGGCCCUGUAUUGGAGAAUCAAACUAGUGUUGCCAUGCAAGAUGCUUGGGUCGCUUUUACAAAGGGUGGCAUGACUGGGAUCGAGCAGACCGGGUGGCAGGAAUAUGAGAUGCUUGGCGAGAGUACAGUGAGAGAUUUCGGAGAUGGAGUGGCUGUCAAGGAUGUCGAUUUGAAGUAUUUGGAGAAUCUCUGUGAUGGGGCGAAGCCUAACUAUAGCGUUUGA